UAGAAAAUAUUUCCUGAGCCUAUCUGAACAUGUUCGUUCGUUUUGUGAUUUUCUUCAUGUUCAGGAGAAAUGAACGUUCUGGUGAAGAGAACUUUGAAUGGUUCUGGUAGUUUUUGUGGCUCUAAACUGUUUUUUCCUCCGUUUUAAGGCAGCGGCCCCCCGGACAGGGAGGGGCCCCCCCGGACAGGGAGGGGCCCCCCGACGCCCCGCGGAGCUUUCUGUGGCUCCGCCCCUGCGUCACGUGACCUCCGCCUGUUGCUGCGCAGCGCAGCGCAGAAGAAGAAGAAGAGCGGCUCUCCUUCCGCGUUCCUCCCAGAUCCGACAGAGACGCGGACCUGGAGGGACAGACACACCUGAGGAGCAGGUGAGCUGGAGGCGGCGGGUUCGGCCCGGUUCGGUUCGGUACCGAAACUUUCUAUCCGCUGUCUGUCCGGAACCGGACCGGAACCUUUACUGCUGGCAGCUGGUCGGCCAUGACGGUUCUGUUAUGAAAGCCGAUGCGGGUCCAGUUCCAGCUGCCGAGCCGUGGAGCAGAACCACCGCCACGCAGCCGGACGAGGGGACGAUGACCUCUGACCCCCAGCUGGACUUCUUCCAUAAGCUGGGCUUCUCCACGGCUCAGGUCCGGGCCGUCCAGAGGAAGUUCGGCGCCGACACCGACAAGGUUCUGGGAGAGCUGGUCCGGGUCGGAGCCGGCCCACGGACCGCCGUGUCGGUCCUGGUGCCGCGAGGCGACGCCGAGGCCCCGGGCCCCGAGCUGCUGGUCCCCGUCCCCGACCCGCUGACCCGGAACCAGAACCGGGACGUGGAGGACAGAGACGCCCUGAGGGCCGUGGUGAUCGACGGCAGCAACGUCGCCAUGAGCCCGUCUGGUUUGGACCUGGGUUGUUUCCAGAGGUUUCCUGAUGAGCCAGAGAGCCAGUCAGCCGCCUGGGGGCUGCAGGUCAGAGGUCAUCGGCUCUCCGUAGAAAGCCGGCUUCUUAAAGAGACGUCCAGUCUGGUCCGGCCCGGUCUGGUCCGGUCCAGUCUGGUCCAGUCCGGUCUGGUCCGGUCCAGUCUGGUCCAGUCCGGUCUGGUCAAGUCCAGUCCUGUCCGGUCUGGUGCAGUCCGGUCCAGUCCGGUCUGGUCCGGUCCGGUCUGGUCCAGUCCGGUCCAGUCCAGUCUGGUCCAGUCCGGUCUGGUCCGGUCCAGUCUGGUCCAGUCCGGUCUGGUCAAGUCCAGUCCUGUCCGGUCUGAUCAGCACAUCCUGCGGGAGCUGGAGAAGAAGAAGAUCCUGGUGUUCACGCCGUCCCGCCGCGUCGCAGGGAAACGCGUCGUCUGCAACGACGACUGCUUCAUCGUGAAGCACGCCUUCGAGUCGGACGGCGUCGUCGUGUCCAACGACCUUUACCGCGACCUGCAGGGCGACAAGCCCGAGUGGCGCCGCUUCAUCGAGGAGCGGCUGCUCAUGUACUCCUUCGUCAACAACAAGUUCAUGCCGCCAGACGACCCGCUGGGCCGACACGGACCCGACCUGGAGAACUUCCUGCGGAAGUUCCCGAAGACGCAGAAGAAGCCGGCGUGUCCCUACGGGAAGAAAUGUACGUACGGCACCAAAUGCAAGUUCCACCAUCCGGAGCGGUCCAAACAGAACCCCGGCCCGGUUCCGGACCCGAACCCGCCUCUGGUGGACGACCUGGCCCGCAAGCUGACUCUGGCACACGGCAGCAGUUCUGGAAGGAAGCCGGAACCGGUCCGGUCCGGACACCGCUCCGGCAGAAAGUCCCAGUCCAGGAAGGAGAAGGCGGGCCUGCAACCGGACCGCGGACCCGUCCGGAACCAGGGCUCCCAGGACCAGCUGGACUCCGGCCUGGGAUCCAUAGACAGUCAGAACCCGUGGAGUCUCCCCGACCCGAAGUACGGCACGCCGUACGGAACCGGGCCGGUACCGUACUGCAGCUGCUGCUCACACGGCCCGUCCCGGAUGGUUCCGACCGACCCGGUCCGCUACAGCCCGGCCCGGUACCCCAGCUGUGGCCCGGUUCCGCUCAGCAGACCCGCCUACAGCCAGCCUCCGGACUUCCAGCACCGCAGAGUCCAAACCCACCAGCACCGGUACUGGUCCGACCCGUUCGGACGGAUCCCCGAGGCUCACGGCCCGGCAUUGGACCGGGCCGCAUGGGAGACUGGUCCGGGUCCAGAACCGGGUCCAGAGCAGAGGGAGGUGGUCCGGAAGAAGCUCCUGGCCAUCUUCAGCGCCCAGCUGGUGGACUCGGCCAUGGACCGGUUCCCCCAGGUUCUGGACCCGCAGGUUCUGGUGGCAGAGAUCCUGGCCCUCCAGAGUCAGAACAGGUCCCUGAGGUGAGUCGGGUCGGGUCGGGUCGGGUCGUCCCUCAGACCAGCAUCAGUCGGUGUGUUUUGGUAUCGUGGUAUCCACCUGGGAAUAAUCCCAACGCUCUGGAUCCGGACCGGGUCAGACCGGGUUGAACCGGGUCGGUCAGGAACCAGCGCUGGUCAUCUGAUACAAAUUGUAUCUUCAUUUAAUUAAAGUAACCAAACGGGCCUGAGCUCGGCCCGUUUAGAGCGUUACCGGGUCAGAACCUCCGGAACCUUUUCCUCCACGAUGUUCUCAUUCAGACAGAAACACCUCGACCUUUGACCUCAGUCAUAAUAAGUUUUAUAAAAUAAAUUAAUGUGAAAAUUCAUCUAAUUAUUUUAGGCUGUGUGGUCCGGUCCAGAUGAACAGAACCAUGAGGUUCUGACCAAGCAGAACCGGACCUCUGAACCGGCUUCAUGUCGCUUGAAUCUCAAUCAUUUUAAUCAUUUUAGAGCCAAAAUAUGGAAGUAUUGUUACAUCUGGCCAGAGGGGGCAGUAGUGAGCUGCAGUGCUGGUUCUGAGUGUGACGUAACCUCUGCCGUGGAAACCAUGGCAACGGCUUGUAAAAUCUGUCUGUCUCUGUUUCUUCACCUCUGGAACCGUUUGAAUCUGAGCCGGUUUAGACCAGACAGGUUAGCUUGUUAGCUUGUUAGCUUGUUAGCGUGAGCUAAUCCUGGACGGGAACAGAUUCACCUUUAUGAGGUUCAGUUCUGCUGCUGACUGGGAAUUAUUUUUGAUUUUCCUGUUUUUAUUUUCUGCCUUUGAUUAUUUGUGAAUUGUCCUGUUUUAUGUUUUAAAACCUUUAAGGCCUUGAUGUGUUCACAUGGAUGUAAAACCAAGUGGGUUGUUCUAAAAACCAACAUCUUAAUAAAACUCCAUAUUUUACAUUAA